AUGAUUUGGCAACUAACAUCUUAUUGGACAUCCCUGGUCACACCCCUGAUUUUUGGUCUGCUUUUGCAGCCACCGCUUACACAGCUUUCCAUCAUCGCACAGCCAAAUAUUGUCCUAUUGAUGGCUGAUGAUCUCGGCAUAGGGGAUGUAGGUUGCUAUGGGAAUGAUACUAUCAGGACCCCGAACAUUGAUCGCCUGGCAAAGGAAGGAGUGAAACUGACCCAACACAUCGCUGCAGCUCCACUUUGCACCCCCAGCAGAGCAGCUUUCCUCACUGGCAGAUAUCCCCUCCGAUCAGGGAUGGAUGCUAUAAACAAUUAUCGUGUUAUUUUUUGGAAUGGCGGCUCAGGAGGGCUUCCUCCAAAUGAAACCACUUUUGCCAAAAUACUGCAGCAGCAAGGCUACAGCACAGGACUGAUAGGGAAGUGGCAUCAAGGUGUUAACUGUGAAUCCCGCAACGACCAUUGUCAUCACCCUUUAAACCAUGGGUUUGACUAUUUUUAUGGGAUGCCUUUUACGCUAAUAAGUGACUGCCAACCAAAGGAAACACCAGAGAUGGACAGAGCCUUUAGAAGGAAACUGUGGCUUUCCACUCAGAUGAUUGGCCUUGUUACACUCACCGCUGCCCUGGGAAGACUGACCGGCUUGAUUUCAGUCCGCUGGAAAACGCUGAUCUGCCUUGCUGGGUUUAGUCUCCUGUUCUUCAUAUCCUGGUUCUCAAGUUAUGGGUUUGUACGAUACUGGAAUUGUAUUAUGAUGAGAAACCACGAAGUUACUGAGCAGCCAAUGGUGACAGACAGGACUACGUCCCUUAUCUUGAGAGAGUCCAUUUCAUUUAUUGAAAGAAAUAAGCACAAGCCAUUCCUCCUCUUUCUUUCCUUUCUACACUCCCACACCCCUCUCCUCACCACAGAGAAGUUUCUUGGGAGGAGCCGUCAUGGUUUAUACGGAGACAAUGUAGAGGAGAUGGACUGGAUGGUGGGCCAGGUUCUAGAUGCUAUUGACAAGGAAGGCUUGAAAAAUACUACACUAGUUUACUUUGCCUCUGAUCAUGGUGGAUGGCUGGAAAGACAAGAAGGCAAAAGGCAGCUGGGUGGCUGGAACGGAAUAUACAGAGGUGGAAAAGCUAUGGGAGGCUGGGAAGGAGGAAUCCGUGUCCCAGGGAUAUUUAGAUGGCCAGGAGUGUUACCUGCAGGCAGAGUUAUCAAUGAACCUACAAGCCUUAUGGAUAUUUAUCCUACAGUAAUUCAUCUGGCUGGAGGGGUGUUACCCCAGGACAGGGUAAUUGAUGGCCGGGAUCUGAUGCCUUUACUGCGGGGAACAGUUGAGCACUCAGAGCAUGAGUUCCUGUUUCAUUACUGUGGCAUUCACUUACACGCUGUGCGGUGGCACCAGAAGGACAGUGGAGCCAUCUGGAAGGCUCAUUAUGUGACCCCCGUCUUCCGUCCUCUUGGAGCUGGGGGUUGUUAUGAUAGAGGAUUUUGCCCAUGUUUUGGGGAAGGUGUGACCCAUCAUGACCCUCCGUUGCUGUUUGAUCUCUCACGAGACCCUUCUGAAGCCAAACCUCUGUCGGCUGACACCGAGCCCCUCUUUGACACUGUAAUAAGGAAGAUUGGAAGAGCCACAGAAGAGCAUCGCAGGACACUGACUCCAGUCCCAGAGCAGCUCUCUGUGUACAACAUCUUGUGGAAGCCGUGGCUGCAGCCAUGCUGUGGGACGUUCCCAUUCUGUUGGUGUGAUAAGGAAGGUGAUAAUAAACUUGCCGACCUAUAAAGGAAAGAACCAAAGUUACUUCCUCAAAAGUGUUUCUAGAUCAAGAGUGUUUUCUUUGGGGGUGUUGAUUGGUGAGUUGUUUGUUUGUUUUAAU